UCAUUCUCAUUUGAAAGAAAAGAUUUUCACGUUUUCUUCAACUUUGUUUUAUAAAAUCUCACUAUUGAAUUACUAUAUUUACUAACACAGAAUGUCAGGUGGAUCUUACGACAGAGCAAUAACAGUUUUCUCUCCUGAUGGUCACCUUUUUCAAGUUGAAUAUGCACAGGAAGCAGUCAAGAAGGGCUCAACCGCGGUUGGAGUUCGUGGAAAGAAUAUCGUUGUACUAGGAGUCGAGCGAAAGGCAGUAGCCAAGCUACAAGAUCCUAGAACUGUUCGCAAAAUUUGUUCCCUUGAUGAUCACGUUUUUAUGGCUUUUGCAGGUUUGACAGCGGAUGCAAGAAUUCUUGUGAACAGAGCAAGAGUWGAAUGUCAGAGUCACAAACUGACAGUUGAAGACCCAGUAACAUUAGAAUACAUCACAAGACAUAUAGCUACAUUAAAACAACGUUAUACACAAAGCAAUGGAAGAAGACCAUUUGGUAUAUCAACAUUAAUAGUUGGAUUUGAUUUUGAUGGAACACCMAAUCUUUACCAGACAGACCCAUCUGGUACUUAUCAUGCCUGGAAGGCAAAUGCCAUAGGGCGUAGUGCAAAGACUGUCCGUGAAUUUCUAGAGAAGCAUUACUCUGAAGAAACAGCUGAUUCUGAUGAUGAGACUGUUAAGCUUGCAGUCAAGGCUCUCCUAGAGGUUGUCCAAACAGGUGGGAAAAACAUUGAACUUGCUGUAAUGAAGAGAGGUGAACCAAUGAAGAUUCUUCAAGCCGAUGACGUGGACAAAGUUGUUGCCAUCAUUGAGAAAGAGAAAGAAGAGGAAGCAGAAAAAAAGAAGAAAGAAAAAGCAGGUUCCGCAAAAUAGGUCACCUUGUGGGACAACCAAAUUUGAGAACGUGAGAUGAGUUUGGAAAUAACAAUAACAAAUCACUUUUUCAAUUGUCGAAAUUUGACAAWAUUGGUUGAAUAACUGCUGUUACAUUGUGGAUUGUAAAUACCAUGUUCCCRUUCAACACUGCUUUGAAAUAAAAAUUGAUAAUUAUG